CUGCCACAUGUACACGCUCUUGCGGUAGAUCCGGACGGUCAGCAUCGGCUGGUAGGGGUCGUCGUCGCUGGAAGCGGAGGAUCCUGUGGAUGAUGAUGAGUCAGUGCAAUCGCUGGUGGUGCUGGAUCCGCGGCUGUUACUCACCACAAUCCGGUUCGCCUCUCGGGGGAAAUGGAAGUGAGGUAUGUCUGUGGGCGGUUGCUCGUGGCCCGUCAUGGUAGGGCAGUCGGCGCCAUGUUUGCAGCUCUCGAGACCGUUGUCCUCGAGCGCUUGGCAGGCUCUCUCGAUGUGCUUGUCCGGGAUGAUAUAGCCACUGAAAUCUGGGUAGUCGACCUCCAUGCCGUAGAGCUCGAGGACCGGCGCUCCGAAGACGGUGUAUCGGAUCUUCUGGUCCUGGAAGCUGGAGACUACGAGUCCGCUGUAAUCCAUUUUGUACAGAUGUGAUCGAAAUGCAUUUUAUAGAUCAGCUUGGGCGUACUUGUCUUUCGAGAUGGUCUAGGUUAAGAGGGAUUUACCUGGCGGCUUGGUCUC